AGCAUGCCAGAGCUGAGAUGUCUUCUUUACAUUUGAAGAAAUGAAGAUGGCAUCACCCGGACUCUCCUGCAAAGCAUUUUUAAAAAUGCUUGAUCAACGAACUCUCCAUUUUGGCCGUACGGGAAAGAUCUCUGCAGAUGGCUUUCAGAAAAGUUUUUUUGAGUGGGAAGCCGUGAGAUAUGAAUUAGACAAGAUUUUAAAGGAGGAUCCCUUCACAUGUCAAGCAUGUGCCCCAGACAUGCUUGCAAUUUCAGUGGAUGGAAACCGCAAGCAUUACCGUUUCAAGAAUGCAGCUAGAUCUGAGGAACCUGGCAUCUUUGAAGACGCCUUCAUAGCAAAGGAUGAAGAUGUGGGAAGAUUUGUGGACUACAUACACAGCACAUCUAGACAUGUCUCUGGACGAGGUGUUUGUGGAGGGGAGUGGUCAGCAGCCAGAGAGACCUCUCAAAGAUCCAGCAGCAAGGUGAAAUGGAGUGGAGCAUAUCAAGAUGGGGCUGGUUUGACUCUAGGGGAGGAGGUGGAGCAAUGUAAUGCCUUUUUGUCAAGGAUUGCAGUUACCACAAAACACAUGUCCAAAGCAGGACGGAGGGACAUGCUAACUCUUAUGGCCAUGCGCUGGAAUCAACAAAAGCUAGACCAGUUGGCCGCCUCUCUGACCCAUCGAUAUCAGAAGGCCACAAAAGCUCUUCUAACCCAGCUUCAGAACCUGGAGUCCUUAAAAGUCCAAUUAGCAGUGACUGACAGUCAACUGGAUGAAUGGGUCAGUGAUGUAAAGGAGUGGGCAGAAGCAACAACAAGGACAAGCAAUGCUGAUCCUUUAGUGAGCAGAACUGAAGUGCUCGUAGCGAGCAUAAAGAGACGAUCCCAGCGUCUUUAUAAAGACACCGAUGGAAACAAAGCCCGUGCCAAGAUUCGUCGCAAGAUCAGAGAAGAGAAAGGAAUCUUGACUUCUGCUGUGGAAAAAUACAACAGAAUGGUUCCAGACAAAGAAACUCUGUGCUUGGAAGAAAUUCUGUCUGGCGACACAGCUUGGCCGUGGCAGCGAGCACACAGCGACUCUGUCAGCCUUACAACAAAGAGAAGGGCAUUCGAUAUCAUCAUGGCAAUAAGAAGACUCGAGGAGGAAAAGAAGAUUCUUGUUAGAGAGAUGGACCAUCACUGGAAAUCUCUUUCAAAAUAUGAUGAUACCCUGAAAGAGCUGUCCGGCCUGUUUUCCAGUGAGAUAUUUAAAAGUUCGCAUUGUGGCCUAAGUGAGGAGGGUUUGAGAGGUCUACAGAGCAUCAUCCUCAGAAAACGACAUAAUGUGAAACAAAACAAGCUGCACGCAAGACAGUGUUACAUGCAAGUUUUGUCAGGAGCAGAGAACAUUAACCUUGAUCAUACUUCCGAUGAUGACUUUUACAGUGACUCUGAAUUUUCUGAUUAAAGUCGGUAAUAAAUAUCUGUAAUAUAUCAGUUUGUCCUCAAAGUUAUAUAAACUUCCUACCUAGCAGGUUUAAUGCUGGGGAACCAAAUUUUUUCAUGUCUGCCAUCGCCCAGUCAUUGACAGAGCAUUGCCAAGACUUCAUCACAUCAAUGCAUAUAGUUUUUUACAAAGACAGCUGGCACAUUUUUAUUUAAUGUCAUUCGUAGAGCUAAAAACAACCCUGUUACACUGUUUUUAAACAUGCAUUUUGGUAAUACAGAACAGUACACUGGUGUGUAUCAGAGGGAGAUAAAUGUACUGUUUACAU